AUGAAAUUGACCCGCAGCAGGAAUCGGCGUGGUAAUGGGGUCAUUACUGCAGAGCCUCCAGGCGUCAGGGUUUUGCAGCAGCUUGGUACAGACGCGUUAACAGGUGGGGCCCUCAGGGAUCGCUACUGCGCCCCGCCGAGAUGCGAAUAUGCAGCCCCGUUUCGGAACGUGGAAUGCCAGAGCCCCGUGCGGUUCCCACGGGGCGUGGUCGCAAACGGCCGCGGGCGUCCCAUCCAUCAGUGCCACACGUCGCCGCAAAUCGCGCCGCACGCGAAACGUUUCGUCCGGCCUUGCGCAACAAUCGCUUGGAACUGCAUCGGUGUUCAUUCACAGACGUCCAAAUUUACGGUCAAAGGAUUCAUCACAGGGAGGGGGGGGGGGGGGGGGGGGGAAGAAGCCUCUUACUGGAACUUCGCGUUCACCCAAGGAACGCAUCGCCCAGAGGCAGUGUUUAGCCCCUGGAACGGCUACUCCAGAUGG